CGACGAUCUAUUUCGACAUCAACCAAAAACAUUUCUUUUCGUCGCGCUUCCAUUGUUCUGCCUCUUCUCUCUUCGAUUAAACCAUUGCAUUAUCAGAACCACUCCAGGUUUCUAUUCUUAUCGUCUCACCUACCUCGUAACUCAUCCGACUUUCCCGCUUGGCGCCGCGCUUCUGUGCCUUUUUGGAGCUCGAGUUGCCGCUGUGCACGGACCAACAGUCCCUCUCCCACCGAACGCACCUUCCUCUCUUCCGUGCGCGCACAUCCUCGUCAACUUCUCGUCGGCGCCUUUUCGUCUCUCCUCCCUCACGGCCACUUGACGCCUCUGUCAUUCCGCCCAUCACUUACAAACCUCAUCGCGAGGGUCUAUCACCAAAUAUCCGGAGCAUGGCACGUCCAAUUGGCGCUGCCUCCUCCUACACCCCCAAUCCUAAUGGCUUGAUCUCCGGGCCCCAAGCUCGCGUCUCUGGACUCUUCCUCUGCUUGUUCCACAUGUUCGCGCCGCUCGUCAGGGCCCUUCCUGUCGCACAAGGAUCACUACAUGCAUUCGAGGAAGAUCUUCCCAAGAGUCCUGAAGAUGCCAGCCUUUGGGCGUAUUUGGGCACCGCCAUUGCUCUCGUCUUGCUUGGAGGCGCCUUCGCUGGAUUGACCAUUGCUUUGAUGGGACAAGAUGAGAUCUACCUCCAAGUCAUCGCUACUUCCGGCGAAGGAAGGGAACGUAAAAAUGCCGCCACCGUCCUCAAACUACUCAAGAAAGGCAAGCAUUGGGUUCUGGUCACCCUGCUCCUGAGCAACGUCAUUACCAACGAAACACUCCCUAUCGUUCUUGAUCGCUCGCUGGGUGGAGGCUGGCCAGCUGUCCUAGCAUCUACAGUUCUCAUCGUCAUCUUUGGCGAAAUUGUACCCCAGUCGAUAUGCGUGCGCUACGGCCUCCCCAUCGGCGCCUGGUGCACUCCCCUCGUUCUUACUUUGAUGUGGAUCAUGGCUCCUGUUGCAUACCCGACCGCGAAACUGCUGGACUAUUUGCUCGGCGAGGACCACGGAACAACAUACAAAAAGGCUGGUUUGAAGACACUUGUCACGCUGCACAAGACCUUGGGAACGAGCCCAGAUGAGCGUCUGAACGAAGACGAGGUUACCAUCAUCACUGCUGUCCUGGAUCUUAAGGCAAAGGCUGUCGGCAGUAUCAUGACGCCAAUGAAGGAUGUGUUCACCAUGUCCGCGGACACAGUGUUGGACGAAGACAUGAUGAAUUCCAUCCUUUCGGCUGGCUAUUCCCGAAUCCCCAUCCAUACUCCAGACAACCCUAAGAACUUCGUGGGCAUGUUAUUGGUCAAAAUGCUCAUUACCUAUGACCCUGAAGAUGCUCUGCGCGUUCGCGACUUCGCUCUCGCCACUCUGCCUGAAACGCGCCCCGACACUAGCUGCCUUGAUAUCAUCAAUUUCUUCCAGGAAGGAAAGUCUCACAUGGUUCUGGUUUCUGACUUUCCCGGCGAGUCUCACGGAGCGGUCGGUGUUGUUACUUUGGAGGACGUCAUUGAAGAGCUCAUCGGAGAAGAAAUCAUCGACGAGUCCGAUGUGUUCAUCGAUGUUCACAAGGCAAUUCGCCGCAUGGCUCCCGCUCCUCGAACCCGUGUGCCCAGGGGCGAAAUCGUUACUGAUCCCACUAAACCCACAGAGGUUCCGACGAAAUCCAGCGCCGAGGAGACCGAGCAGAACGGAUCCAACGAACGCAGAAAAUCCUCCCACGCUGAAUUAUUGAAUGACCCGAAAAUCUCGACCUUCCUUGUGCGUCGAAGGAGCAGUGGACACAAUGCUGUCCCCGAACGCGGCGCGCAUCUUGCACUCCGAAGCGACGAUCCAGAGGUCAUCCAGCACCUCAAACAUCUUGGACCAUCCAAUGCCGCCAACAAACCGAAAACUACUCGCAUUAACACCGUGAAGAUUAAGCCAGGUAUCCCGAACACAGUCCCCGAAGGUUCUCAACAGUCCAAGGAUGGAGCGGCCGCCGUUGAAGUUCAUGCUCCUCAGGGUGGAGUGGGCGAGGGUUUGCUAGAAUCUGCGGGACGAGAAGCUAGCGACGGCGUUCACAGCCUUGCUGUCGGCUAUGGCACGAUAACGCCUGGUGUAGAGCGCUCAUCGUGGAAAUCUGAGUCCAGGCUAAAGCCUUCUCACGACGACAUGCCGACUUCCCCCAAGUCUACCGUCGCGGACGAGAACACGAAACUCAUUGUGGACAUUCAGACCCCUGGUGCAUCGAUACAGCGCACCAAGUCCACGAGCACCAUUGGCUCACUGCAUUCGUUCGGAUCCAAACCUCACAGCCCGCCCCAGAAGCGUCAUACAGCCCGAAGUGGCAGCAUAUCUGAGAACAUUAUCGACCUGAACGGUGUACGAAAGAUUGUGUUGGAAACCACGAGCUCCAGCGACUCUGAGGACAGGCUCCACGGUAGCCAGACCGACGGCACGUACGAUAGACCUACGAGCUCUGAGACUGAGCAGCAAAAGCAGGAGAAGCAAGAAGAGCAGAAAGGUGGUAGUAAGAAAAAGCAGCGUAAGAAGCGAGGCAAGAAGAAGAAGAAUGGCGAGAGCAGUGAAUCGCAGCCGCUCCUCGACGAUUAGGGAAGUCCGUGUAGCGCAUUCCUCCAUUGAUGUCCUUCGUUCAAGCGCUAAGAUCGAACACUGUUCGCAUUGGAGAGCUGUGGGCAGGAUACUCCAAUGGGAGGAUCAUAAAAGAGAGCAGAUUGUCGGAGUUCGUUUCACUAUUGUACAAUAAGGCACCGUUCCAAACAUUAUUGGGAGCACAUGCAUGUUUCCUGCGGCUACAGGAAAAGAUCAAUCUUGAUAUCAUUUUAUUUCCUUGCAGUAUUCUCAC